AUGCCAACGAGUAGUCAACGUUCUAUUGCGGUACAUCCGCAAUCAAUACUUUUUACAGCACCGGAGGAUACAAUCACAAUGAACAAAUCUACUGAACAGAUCGAAACCAUUCUUACUGUUCCAGAUAAAAUACAGUCAUCACGAACUAGUUGUGUUACGCCAUAUGUUCAAGCACCAUCUGGAAAUUGUGUAAACACAUUACUCGAUUUUAAUAAUUGUGGUACAGUUGGAAAAAUAUGUUCAAGUGGUGAUACAAGUUGUUCAGCUGCUGCUUGUAGCAAUACUAUACCAAUUGUUCAAUUGGUCAAUUACACUUCAAUUUGGAUAGGUGGUAAUGAUGGAUCAGCUGAUGAUGAAAUCUUUAAUGUAACACUUCCAUUCACUAUUACACUUUAUAAUACGACAACUAAUUAUAUUCAAGUAACAACUAAUGGUGUCCUUUGUCUAAGUUAUUGUUCGAAUGCUUGGGUGGAAAGUCCUUUGCCUACUACUUCUUUUGGUGCUGCAGUUCUACCAUAUUGGGAUGAUCUUUAUAUUUAUGCUAAAACUUGGCAAGGUAUAUAUUUUGCAUCUCAAGGUACUGCUCCAAGUCGUACUCUUGUAUUCGAAUAUUAUAUGAGCCAUUAUGGAUCACCAAAUCAGUAUUAUCAUUUUCAAGUUGCAUUUUUUGAAGCUACACCUGGUAUUACUAAAUUCACCUAUUUCGAUGCAUACGACACAGGUGCUAGUUGCACUAUUGGUGUUCAGGGUUCUUACAAUGGCCAAUUCAUCUCAUAUUCUUUUGACGUAGCUAAUUCUGUAAUACCAAGUAUGACUCUUACUUUUGAUACUAAUGUUGGUACUUAUACUAAUGGUUCAACUAUUGGAUAG